GUCGCGAACAAGCUCGCAGACACGUCGCUGUUCUUAAUCGGUAUCAUGGGGUCCGGAAAGUCCACCGUCGGGGCGUCGCUGGCGAAAGCGCUCGGGUACAAUCACUUGGACACGGAUGAGCUCAUCAAGAGCGUGACAAAGAAGACGCCGAGCGAGCUCUUCGCCGAGGCGGGCGAGAGCGAAUUUCGCGCCAUCGAGAGCAUGAUCCUCGCCGAAGUCGCGGCGUACAAGCGAUGCGUCAUAUCUACGGGCGGUGGUAUCGUGUGCGAGAAGACGAAUUGGAUGCACCUGCACAACGGCGUCACCGUGCGCUUGCACGGCGACUCCGAGCUCUUGGCGCGCCGCGUCCUCGCCGACGGCGUCGAAAAGCGUCCCUUACUCUCCGGCGACACCAGCGGCGAGGAACAACCGACGAUCGAUUCCAUCGUCGCCAAGAUCAACGCUCUGUUAGAAACGCGCGAAACGAUGUACAAGCAGGCAGACAUCACCGUCCCGCUCGGCGCGCGCGAC